GGGGCCUGGCCCUUUAAGAGCCAGUCUUUCCAGCAGUGGUUGGAGCAGAGCAGAGCAGAGCAGAGCAGCUUGGAUCCAGAGACUGCAGCACAUCCUCAGCUGCUCUCAGCCCACCUGACAGCACAGCAGAGCGGACAGGCAGCAGCCGCCAGCCUCCCGGUUCACAUCACUACUCACCGCGUCCUGGAGGGGAAUGGGGGGCACCUAGCCCGCUAGCUGACUAACUAGAUUUCUCUAGAAGCGGAGACGGCUCCCGGCCGGCGGUCCAAGAAAGAUGGUAUCGUGGAUGAUUUCGAGGAUGGUUGUCCUUGCCUUUGGGACGCUCUACCCAGCAUACUCCUCGUACAAGGCUGUCAAAACGAAGAAUGUGAAGGAAUAUGUGAAGUGGAUGAUGUACUGGAUAGUGUUUGCGUUGUUCACCACAGCAGAGACAGCCACAGAUCUGCUCCUAUCAUGGUUUCCAUUUUACUUUGAGCUGAAGAUUGCAUUUGUGAUCUGGCUCUUGUCCCCAUACACCAAGGGCUCAAGUGUCCUCUACCGCAAGUUUGUCCACCCAACGCUGUCCAACAAAGAGAAGGAGAUUGAUGAGUACAUCGCGCAGGCCAAAGACAGGAGUUAUGAGACCAUGAUGAGAUUUGGAAAGAGGGGUCUCAACCUGGCUGCUAAUGCUGCUGUCACUGCAGCCACCAAGGGGCAGGGCGUGUUGUCAGACAAGCUGCGGAGUUUCAGCAUGCAGGACCUGACUCUCAUCAACGCUGAGGAUGAGCUGGCUCUACACACUUCAGAGUCCCGCAUGAGACGGGAACCCAUGGACGAGAUGAGCUCAGGGGCCAGCACGCUACCCCGGGCCAAGAGCACGGCUGCACGGCUGACUCGCUCUUUGGCGGCUACGUCCCUCGCUGACGACACGUCAUCUCAGCACAGCUCGGACCUGUCAGACACAAGGACUGAACACUCUGAUGAAGAUGUAGGAGACAAAGCCCCCAAACGCAGCACCAGCGUCAAGACAACCAAGAAACCUGCUGCUGCUAAGACAGAGACUCAGACCAAGACAGUGAAGAAGCCCGCCAAGAAAAAGACCACGGCUAACAACGCAGAGACACCACCAUGAGGCCUGCUGUCCACACCCACUGGCCUACACUCGCUCCACCCGCAGCCUGCAGGCCCUUCUUCCUCCGUUUGGUCUCCACACAAACACAUAUACACUGUACAUAAAUAUCAAGUACUGAAAUUGUGUCACUCUUGCUGGUUUUUAGAGCAAAGUGCAGGCUUUGGUUUUUAGCUGUGUGUGAGCACCCUUAGGUUGGGAACAGUUCUUUUACGUUUAUUCGGUUGUUGCAUAUUUUGUCUCAUGCUUCACUUACUGUGAGCUCAUCCCUGAUUUAACAGUCAGGGGAUGUUUCUUUCGAGAUUUUUUUUUUUUUUUUAGUCUGAUAAUGGUUAGUGACACAUCCAUGAAUGCUCCUUUUUCCUUUAACCCUUAGACAUAUAGGUCUUUAUAGUAGGUGAGGAUGUAAGCUGGCCAGUUUUCUAGUCUCACUGAUUCACCUCCUGUUGCUGACAUUCUCAGUUGAGGCUGUUUUUGGUUGAAGUAUCUCCAGUAAAAUAUCACAUUCCUCACUCCUAGUUCUCUAGAUUUGGGUCCCUUAUGUGUCCUCUGGGCAAAAAAAUCUCACCCUCUCGGACUCAUCUGGGCCUGACCACGAUGGUAGAAAUAUUCGUAUGUUGUGUCCGGAGCACGGAGAGUUGGCUUUAAGUUGUGACUGAGGUUUUUUCCUUUUUACCGAGGAGUGAGAAGGUUGUUGAAAUCAACUGUAAGCACUGACCGAUAGAUGUAGACAUUUUCAUUACAGUUUCAGACCGGAUAGUUCCCACUUUUGACUGCAACUCAUACUACCACCACCAUGUCCUAGUUCAUGCACCUCCCUAGUUUUACAGGAUGAUACAGGAUGACUUCCCCUCUUUAAGUCUGUAUACCUCUGAGUGAGUCUGGCUCUGCAAAGUUCAGGUCUCACUUACAGCAAUUUUCCUCCUCACUGCUUUAAUGUGACUUUCACUUCAUGUACAGUACUGGUGAUGGAGUGGUUUGUUUGAUGUUGGCUAAGUUAUCUGUCAUCUAGACUUCACUCUCUUAUUUAAUGCGGUUUAAUCCCGUUCUUUUGGUCAUGUAAUAUUAGUAAUAAGUAUGAUCAAGUUGUGCAUAGCUUGGCUUCUUGAGGUAAUGCUGUAACUCCCAAUAAAUACAGUAGUCAUAGAGUCAAAGAGUUGCAGAUGUUUGUGAGGUAACAUAUCUGCUUUCACCACAGUAGUGAUGUCUGUGUAUUGUUUGUGUUGAACAUUAGAAAGUCAUGGAGUAGCUCUGCACUUUUUCACUCCUUUAACCCAGCUGUGUGAUGGCACUCUGCCUCUUUGUAGUGUUCAUACAUCUCAGAAGCCAGGAUAAAGCAAAGCAAUAUGGAAAUAAUUAAACCAAAACCAACAUCAGGAGACUGUGAGGAGUUAUUUACUCAUCCCCGCGCUGUUGUUCCAGACGUGGAGGAAGUGUCAGACCAGGCUCAGAGUGUUUCUGAACACAUUGGACUUUUGUUCUGGGAUGGGCUCUUCUGUUUGCCAGCCACCGCAUCGGCCGUGGUUCCUUCGGAGCGCUCUAAUGAGAGAUUUAAAAGCAUGAGACUACUUCCGCACUCAUUACUGCCGUCUGCAGUGUGACACUAGUUUGAACCAGUAGGGGGAGACAAACCCCACCUCAAGUGAUGGCAGAGUUACUAAACAAUAUGUAAACGCAAUGUAAAUAGUAACCUUGACUGUAUAUACGGUAUGAGCUUGCUUGCCUUAUUCAUCCUCUGGGCUUAAAUCCAUUUGUUUUUUUUAAAAUCAUUUGUGUGCUUUUUAAAAUUCUUAGUCUUGACAAAACUCAUGUUCUGAAACUGGAAGAAGCUUGGACUUCACUGGUGUGGACGUCUGGUGUGAGAAGAAGUGAUUUUUGCAUUUUUAACAUGUUUACUUUUUUCCCAUUGUCUUUUCUUAUUAAUUUUAACUCCUCUCCAUCACAAAGUACAGAAUCUCCAGAAUGUGUCUAAACUGAUAUUUGUACAUUCACACCCUGCUAUAUACUUAACUCAGACUGGUUAUAUAGUAUUUUAGGCCCAAAAGUUUGAAUCAGCCAGUUUUAUUUUUUUAAUUUUCUUUCUUCUUAAUUUAAUGUUUGCACUGAAUAAAAAGAGGGCACAUAAUGAAAGACGUUUUUACAUAUCAAGAUACAACCCUGCAUAUUUAUCUUGUGUUCAUGCCAUUUUUGGAUAUUUAUUGUCUGUUAUUCUCUCUGUUUUGAAUCAGUAUUGUAUACAGGGAUGUUCAUUUGUAUAUUGUUUGUGCCAAUUUUCAAAGCUACAUGUCAAAAAGGAUUACAGUGUGUGUGCUGGGACAAUGGUAUCUAACAAGGUCAUGUAUCAGUAAUAAAACUACUAAUAAAGGAAAUCAAAUCAGA